AGUAGUGGAUAAUGAAAAAAAAUGAAAGUAAACAAACAAACUACAAAUAGCAAUUCGUCGUGGCAACAACGAUACUUAUGUUUAGGAGACACAACUGAUUGUGAUCGCUAAGUAGAAUUUAGACGAAGUGCCUUUGCAGUAUUAUAUGUUAGCAGAAAUUGCUCGAACGAAUGUUACGGAUAUAGUAAAAUGUUAUUCAAAAUCUAGUUAGAACAAAAACCAGUAUAUUGGAGUUGUAGUCAAUUUUGGAAUUUGUGUACUCUUUAUUAAACUAAAAAUCCAAGCUUUCUGGAAAUGUUUUUUCCAACAUCAGGGAAACUACAAUAUAAGUGGAGUCGAGAGUGUGGACUAAGCACGUGAAAUCACCUUCACCUGGUUUAGAGCGAACAAGAGCUCUACGGGAAAGAUCGGUUGACCAGUGGACGUUUACCUUUAUGAGGAUUAAACAUAACUUCCAGAAGUCUAUAAACAUGAAUUUGAUGAGUAGAACAGCUAAAUUAUUUCAAAAGAAAAACCUAAGAUACCCCCAAAAAAGGACAAAACACGACCACACAGGAAGGCACGCACCUUUAACGCAAUUAUCAAAAGAUGAACGUGACUUGCAGGAUAAUGUUGCGAAAUUUGCUAGAACUAGCAUAGCGCCAUAUGUAAGAGAAAUGGAAAAAGAUGGUGAAAUCAAACAAUCUGUUAUAGAUGCUUGUUUUAAAAAUGGAUUGUUCGGACUAGGAAUUGAUGAAAAAUAUGGUGGAAUAGGAUCAGACUUCAUGAGAAGUAUAAUUGCGAUAGAACAAAUAGCAAAAGUAGAUCCUGCAGUUUCUGUACCAAUUGACAUUCAAAUUACUUUAGUCAAUACCAUAUUAAUGAAAUUAGGUACUGAAGAACAGAAACGGAUGUAUUUACCACGUUUAGCAAACGAUACCAUAGGUGCUUUUGCACUAUCAGAACCCACAUCUGGUUCUGAUGCUUUUGCGAUGAAAACAUUGGCCAAAAAAGAUGGUUCAGAUUAUAUUUUAAAUGGAACGAAAAUGUGGAUUUCGAGCGCUGGUAUAGCUGGACUCUUUAUUGUUAUGGCUAAUGCUGAUCCGUCUAAAGGAUACAAGGGAAUCACUUGUUUUAUUGUUGAGAGAGAUAGCCCUGGUUUGACUGUCGGAAAACCCGAGAUCAAGUUGGGUAUUUGUGCUUCUGGUACUCAUCCAGUCCAUUUUGACAAUGUCCGAGUCCCUGAAAUAUCAAUAUUGGGAGAAGUAGGUCAAGGCUACAAAAUAGUCGCUGGUUCGUUAAAUGAGGGAAGAAUAGGCAUUGCAGCACAGCAAUUGGGCAUAGCUCAAGGUUGUUUAGAUGCUACCGUCCCUUAUACAUUAGAAAGAAUCCAAUUCAAACAACCUAUUUUUAAUUUUCAAGGUUUACAAUACCAGAUAGCAAAAAUAGCAACUCAUAUUGAAUGUGCAAGACUGUUAACCUACAAUGCUGCUAGGCUAGUGGAAUCAAAAACAGAUUUUUUGAAGCAAGCUUCAAUGGCUAAAUAUUAUUCAGCAGAAGUUGCCCAGCACACAUGUACUAAGUGCAUCGAUUGGUUGGGAGGUGUUGGAUUUACAAAAGCAUUUAUACAAGAAAAAAUGUAUAGAGAUUGUAAGAUUGGAAGUAUAUAUGAAGGUACUUACAAUAUACAGAUGAAUACUAUAGCGAAAUGUAUAGAGAAAGAAUAUAAAAAUAUGUAAUAAAUAAUUUUCAAAAACA